ACUACCAAACGCAUCCUCUUUCCUAUUUAAACAGAUGUUGGGUUGUGCCAUCCAUUUCUCAUCUGUCAUACUGUUCACAUCCAGCACUAAAUCUUCCCAGUCCCUGGAUAGUUUUGAAGAAUAAUUUGGGGCCUGAAAAUGCUCAGAAUAAUAUUGAUGACUUCAAUUUAUGGGGAAAGCAAUACACUUUUUUCAAGAGAUGUUUGGCACUUCUUGCUGAGCCUACCUUGAACAAAAGAAAGCUGUAGGUGUUGCAGAAAGGUAUGGCACAUCUCCCCCAAGAGGUUUUUUAAAACUAACUUCUGAGAACUAAAAACAGCUUACCUUGCAGGAUGGGCUGUUGAAAUGGCUAAAACGCUUGUUUUUACGGGCAUAUUUAAGGGCGAAAGACUGUUCUGGGGUUAGAGCAUGCAGAAGAUUCCAAGUUCCCUCCCUGGCAGCAUCUCCAAGAUAGGGCUGAGAGAGAUUCCUGCCUGCAACCUUGGAGAAGCCGCUGAUAGUCUGUGGUCUGACUCAUUAGAAGGCAGCGUCCUAUGCAUUGACUAUAAAACCACAACAAUCCUGUUGGAUGGCAGAAGAGUCAAACUGGAGCUCUGGGAUACAUCUGGCCAAGGGAGGUUCUGUACCAUCUUUCGGUCCUACUCUAGAGGAGCUCAGGGAAUCCUCUUGGUAUACGACAUCACCAACCGCUGGUCCUUUGACGGCAUAGACCGAUGGAUCAAGGAAAUAGAUGAGCACGCUCCUGGUGUGCCUCGCAUCCUGGUUGGCAACAGGCUCCACCUGGCCUUCAAGCGGCAGGUGCCCACCGAGCAGGCCCGGUCCUACGCGGAGAAGAACUGCAUGACGUUCUUUGAGGUCAGCCCCUUGUGCAACUUCAAUGUGAUCGAGUCCUUCACGGAGCUCUCUCGCAUCGUGCUGAUGAGGCACGGCAUGGAGAAGAUCUGGAGGCCCAACAGAGUGUUCAGCUUGCAAGACCUCUGCUGCCGCGCCAUCGUCUCCUGCACGCCCGUCCACCUGAUUGACAAGCUGCCCCUCCCCGUCACCAUCAAGAGCCACUUGAAGUCCUUCUCGAUGGCCAACGGCAUGAACGCGGUGAUGAUGCACGGCCGCUCGUACUCCCUGGCCAGCGGCGGCGGCGGCGGGAGCAGCAGCAAAGGAAACAGCCUGAAGCGCUCCAAGUCCAUCCGUCCGCCCCAGAGCCCGCCCCAGAACUGCUCGCGGAACAACUGCAAGAUCUCUUAGCGGGCCGGGGCUGGGGCGUGUCUCCUCCAGCCCCACACUCCCCCGCAACACCUGCUCACCGAUGUACAGAUGUUUACACUCACACACAACCCGUUCCAGCAGGAUCCCUUCUCACGUUCCUUCUGUCACUCUGAUGGCCACGCUGGCGGAACUGGCAGCGGCCUUGUGGCCGGCGUCUCGGCUGGCAGGAUCCCACAGAGUGAGGGCAAGGCUGUGCCCGGCCAGUCUUCUGGGGAUGCCUAGCUCUUUGCCCUGGGGGAGUGCCUGGCUUCCUCGAGGGGAGGAUUCCCUUCCUCCUGUUGGUGGGGGGCAGGUGGGACUCUGUGCUGCCACUUUAAGCUCGCACAUGGAUUGCUGGUGCUACAGUGAACAUGGAUUCUUUGGAAGCGGAAGAAGCAUGAGGCUUCUUCCUCAGACCGGUUCAGCUCCGGCGGAAUCCUGCCUUUGACACAACGGAGAGGCCGUGGCUGGCGGGCUCUGUAGGAAGCAGGCCUCUUGACGUUUUCACUUAUUUAUAGAGAAAUUAUCUAUCUCACUACUGUUAAAGGGUUUUCCCUCCCUCCCUGUUUUUUUGUUUUUUUAAAGAGAAGGCCGUCGGGGGAAACUUUUAUGCCGCCUUGUAAAUAGGAGCGCUGAGCAUCGAAUCCUGGGCUAAUUGAAGUGGGAGGGAGUCGGCGAGGGUCAAGGGGCAAAAUGAUCAAACACUCUGAGAAUUGUGUGAGAGACGCAGGGAGGCUCUGGAGACUUUAAAAAAAAAACAAAAAACCUGAAAGGAAAGAGGGAUUUGUUUCUAACCUUCGUGAACCGGCAUUUCUCAGACAUUCCCGAUAACAAGUGCAAGGGCUGAAAUGGUCAGGGGGAAAGGACGACAGGGUUUUGAGUGGUGGUGGUGGUGGGGAGUUCUAACCCCAUCUGGAAAUCGUUAAGGGGUUAAUAAGGGGCUUGCACUAGCCUCCCUUGGAGAACCUCGAGGCACAACGUUGGUCUGUACCAAAUAUCUAAGAUCACGCUGGGGAAGGAGGGUGGGCGAUAAUGCCUCUGUCAGAACAUGGCUUUUUAUGGCUUGAUGUAAUUCCUGGGCUCGGUAAGGCAGGGUUCUCAGACCUGGGUACCCAGAUGUUGUUGGACAUCAACCCCGCAUCGUGCCCAGCUGCAGUGGCCAUUGUGGCUGGGCCUGAUGGGAGUUGGGGGUCUAACAUCUGGGGGCCCAAGUCUGAGAACCCCUGCUCGAAGGCAUGAGGAGACCUGAGGCUCCUGACCAGCCCCCUCCUGCUGCAUGUUCCCUGGCUGGCUAGAACGGCUCCCUUGCAACUGCAGUGUGCUUGAUUUGUGGCUUCCCAGUCCUACAGUGCUCCUCGCACAGCUUCCCUGAGCCACAGAGGGCAGCUCUCGGAAAUCCAGGAUGCAUCUUCCCUCUGUUGACCCGGCGUCGCUUUCCAAGGAUCUGCAUCAUCCAACAAUCGUACAAUGAGAGUGUUGCAGCGCAUGGAGCUUCUUUUAUAGCGUGUCCAGGUGUUGGGGUAGGGGGGGAACUGAUCUGGCGUGGGCCGCCCAGCCCCACAACCAAGUUGGCCAAAGCACAGCUGUCAACCCGAAGCUUUUCUAGGUGUUGAGCUGAGCCGCCUCCUUCCAUGCCCUGUCGGUUCGCCCCGACGCAGCUGCCUCGAGUGCGCCUGGUUGUGGCUUUUGUGGUGGUUUCUGGAUUUGGACAGCGCUUGGCAUUGCCGGUGCUGUUGCUGCUGCUAUGUCUUCUGGGCAGGUGCUUUGGCCAGACCUGUAAAUAGCAUGCGCUGCUAGUUGCUUCUGCACACUCCCGAUGGGUUUGUCUUCCAGCUUUUUAGAGAAAUGAAGCUAGCUUGUUAGGAAAGGACCCCAGGAGGACUGAUGGAGGGGCCGGUGACUUGUCAGCUUUAUUGACAGAGCCCACAAAUGGCCUUUGUGAGCAGGGGUCAGUCUCCAAGUCAUGCCCCCCCUCACCCGCCUUCUCUCUCUCUCUCUCUCUCUCUCCCCCUCCCCUCUUGGGCCUGGCGAGCAUCUCCUCCCAGGUGGCGUCCCGCAACUGCCAGCCCUCCCCUCACCAGGAUUGGCUGCCCACUUCAGAAUGGGGAGAGGGUGAGGCUGCCGGCACAGCUGGCCGCCCAUUUUGUUCCCGGCUGGCACAGCCGCCGCUGCUGCCGCGUCGUGACUGCUCCGGGAUUGCUUGGCACGAAGGGCCGGCCGAGCCCUGCCCGUGCUGCUGGCACCCGCUCAAAGAGGGCGGCGGGGACAGGUCAAGGGCAGGGGAAAGCCUUUCGCGGCAUCUCCAUCGGGCCGCGAACAAAGUCGGCGCCAAAUCCUGGGCAGGAGCGUGGAAGCCGGGAGAUUUACAGGGCCUGUCCGCAGGGCCACCUGUUGUGCCGCUCGCUCGGAAUGGAGCGGGGGGACAAUCACUGACUCAACAGCCUGGCAUUCUGGGGAUGUGCAGCGAACAGGUGAUCCAGGAGGCGGCCUGGGCUGCCAUCUUUCCACUCGUGGUUUUAAAAUAGCCCCUUCCCAAAACGGCUCCGGAAUGUGCAUUGUUUUCUGGCCGAAGAAUGACAGGGAGCCCCCAUCCCGCUGGACAGGCUGUAAAUCCUCCCUAUUGUUCCUCCAGCGCCCGAGCUCACUUGUACAUACUUGGCUGGAAGGGGCCCGCCGCGGAGAUGUUCUUGGGGGAAGGCGGAAGAUGCCGCUCACCUAAGAACCGUUUCCCAUUUCCUGCACUUUUUUCCUCUCCUCCCACAUCCCUCUUAGUCUAUCCAUGUGCGUCUCAGCCUCGCCUAAAUGCCUGUCUUUCUCUUCUUUUAAUCUAUUUUUUAAAUCAUGGCGAAUCUGUUUGGAACGAGAUUCUCUGGAAUGUCUGCCAAUCAAAGCUGAACUCGUACCUUUUUGGUUUUUGGUUUUAAAAAGAUGUUCAACUCAAGAAUGUGAUCUGAUCUCAAACACUAUAAAGUAGCUGCUGUCCAACACUCAUACCAUUCCUCCGUUUUUAAUUCCUUUGUACAGUAAAUGUUGUCAAACUGAUACGGUUUUUAUAUAAAUUAAAAAAGAAAUCUUUGAUUUAAAAACCGCCCUGCCGGCUGUGAAAGUUGUCAGUGACAAGAAAGGGAGCUCUUUAAUGCUGGGGGCGGGGGGCAUUCUGAAGGGCAGCGGGAGGGCAGAGGAGAUGGGGAGCUCGGAAGGAUGGAUUUAAGGGGAUUAAAGGGGCUUGUGGUGAUGGGAUAUUCCCAGGGGGGCCAGUGGAAAGCACUCUUGCUAACUGCCUCAUUUGAAGUGAGCAGGAGUUUGGCCAUGGACCGAAGGGCUGGAUCAAAGUGGAAUGCUUUCUUCACACUCCCAUGAAUUGAGAAAAUCUCUCUUCUGUGCCAAAAGAACCAUGGCUAGAAUACUUACCCACCCGUCCCAUUUUUUAAAUCACUAAUUUCAAACUUUGGAAAAUUACCCCUUAACAAAGUACAAUGCUUCCUAUAUGUAAUGUAAUGUUGCACAAUACAAGUGUACAAUAUG